GCUCUCUCUUUUUUCUUCUCUUUAAAUAGCAAAAGGAACCUUAAUUAGGAAUUUAGGAUAGAAGGGAGGUGUCAUUUGACUUAUCCCGAUAAUGGCUUUCUUUGGCCCAAACAAAGGCCUCAUGCUUUGGCAGCUCUUGCUCUUAGUGAACAUCAGCACUCGCUUCUUCCCCGGUGCCUCCGCCAACCUAUUUGAGGAGUCCAAGUUCGCCAAGCCCCCAGGGGCCCCAGUUCCGGCUCCCUUUAAGGCCCCAGUUCACCCGCCCAUGAGUCUUUCCCCGAGGAGCUUCAUUUGGGUUCGGGGAAUCGUUUAUUGCAAACCAGAGAAGUUCAAGGGCAUUGACACUAUCUGGCAAGCUAAGCCGCUUAAUGGAUCGGGGGUGAAGCUCGUGUGCCAUAACACUAUGGACAGAUCGACAGUGGCGAAUGCAAAGACAGACGAGCAAGGAUACUACUUGAUCAAAGCCCCGGACACUGUCACCAGCUAUGCCGCCCACAUGUGCAGGGGUCUUCCUUGCCUCCUCCCCACUGGCGACCUGCAAUCAGAGAACGAAUCUCCAUGGCGGCGUCACGGGAGCUACCCUGAAGAAGCUGGUGUACUUCAGGUCCGAGGACGGCAAAAAAUUAUAUGCCCUCUACUCCGUCGACCCUCUCGCCUUCGAACCCAUGUAGGAAUAAUAAUUUAAUAAUAAGGUCUAUCGGAGAUCAGUAGCAUCUUAAUUAUGCGGUCGCUACGUCCAUAUGUGUUGGUUGUUGGGUAUUUUGAAAUGGAGAGAUGCUAAAACCUCAGAAUUCGGCAGCGUCGAAUUUCUCUCAUGGGGCAAUCAUGUAAUUACAUUGAAAACUAUGGGCACUUUUUAAACGAGAGGGUCGGAGGUUUUUCUUCCGAAAACUUUCGGAGAAGCAGCAAUUUCUCAUUAAAAUAAGUCGUAGUUAUUCACCAAAAAGAAAAAGUCGUAGUUGCCAUGUAUGGGAUUUGGGUUGAAUAAAAUGAUAUAUGGACGUGCAGACAGCUUUAGCUUUUGCAGUGGGGAUUUGCCACACUCUUUUGAUUUCGUAGUGAUAAUAAACAAAUGGGUCAUAAAUAUUCUUGUCUUCGUUUUGGUCGGAGAUUCUUCAUACUUCCAAUUGAAGUAAAACUUCACACCUCAUUCACAAUUAAUUUAAUGUAUUGAAACUUAUCUCAUUAUUUUAUAUUAUUAACUGGUAAACUACAAUAAUAUGAUUCAGUGAUAAACUGAGUUUCACUUCAUCACUC